UUCAUGUUUAUCUACCACAGGAACAAUAGCCUACAAAAUAAAUCAGUCUCCAUAAGAUGAAUGUUUGAAUUAAUAUACACAUGUACCCCAAUAAAGCUUCUAGCUACAGCCCAGACAAUUUGUAGGUUACUUGAUUUAAAAUGGCUGAAAUUUAGCAUGUUUCUUAUUUUCUGAGCAUAAACUCUAACUUAUGUUCAUUUAGAACAAAAGCAAAAUCAAAAUAGUGUUAAAUAUUCUGACUGUUAUUGAUAUUUCAAGACAUUGAGUACUUUAAAAUGCAAACAAAGCAUUUAUUUAAGUUAGGGACUGUACCAUACCUUUAAAAUAUCCCUAAAAAUUAUAAAGCCCCACCCCUUAAUUCUUCCCAUUUGGAUAUAUCCAGACCUUCUAAAUGUAAACAAAAAAUUAACUGAUUAACACUACUUUGGUUCACUAUAGAUUUAAAUGAAUAUGAGUUAGCGUUUAUGUUCAUAAAAAUUAGAAGCAUACUAAAUUUCAGCAAUUUUAAAAUGAGUAGCCUACCCAUUGUUAUGAGUGGAACCGAUGCACAGAACUUUUAUAUAUCCCUCUAAAGCCGGGCCGCACACGACACAAUUUUCGUCGUACGAUUUUAGUCAGUCGACUAAAUCCUUGCAUGUGCGAUGUCGUUUUUUAUCGAUUUUUAAUAUCUGGCGAUUAAAAUCAUACCUUUACAUUCGAUAUAAUAUCGAGCGUUCUUUACGUAUACUAGUACACAUAUAUAGUAUUUUAGGUUCAUUUUGUUUGACUGUGCCAAACCAAAUUAAAACAGAUUAAAUGACGUAAUGGGUAAAUGCCGUAGUGGAGGAAAUUUUCUUCGGGUAUACGUUCCUAAUCCCCGUAAGUACAAGCCAAUGAAAACCGAGGAGUUUAUACGAAUAAGCUCCCAACCUGACUUUUCGCGCUCUUUUGUGUUUUUUUUUCAUUUAAGUUUUUCGUUCAAACGAACUAUCGAAGUAUUCCGCAAAAAAAUACGCCAUAAAAAUAGUUAUAUGGAUAGAUUUGUAUCGGAGAAACUCAAGGAAUGGAACCUUCUUUGCUUGCAAGAAAUAUUUGAAGAGAAUAUGAUUGACAAAGAAGCUUUGGAACUCUUAGAUGAAGCAUCUGUAAAGGAAAUGGUUGUAGCUAUUGGGCCUAGACAAAAGCUGCUAAAAAUGUUGGUGAAAGAAAAGUUCCUUCCUGGGACUUCUGUGACAACAGUGAGUGCUGAGACACCUGUGGCAGUGGCAGUGAGGACUGAGAUGUCCAGUACAGCAAGUUCUUCCAAUAGGAAUUUUGCUUCAGAUUCAUCAAAACACAAAGAAAUCAAUGCAAAGAAAUUAAAGGCUGAUUUUAGCAUCCGAUCAAUUCUUGAAAAUUCUGCACUUGGCGAAGAAAUCCUGUUUGAAUUGGAUAACGGGAGACUACCCAGAAAACAGAGAUUGAAGAUGGUUCAGGUUCUUGUAGCCGAGAUGAUUGAGAGAUUUGGGGACAGGCCACGAGCAGAUGUAAAAGUGUCCAUGGCCAGAGCUGUAGUUGAGGAAUUCCCCUUUCUUAAGGAUGAAGAAGGCCAAGGAUUUGAAGCUUGGUACACUCCUGGGAUGGGCAUUCAUUCAGCUACAGGGUGGCUUGAAGAGAAAUUGAGAAAUGUCAGAAGACGCUCAACAGAGGGGAAAAAAGUUGGUGUGUCAACUAGUGCGCCAAGCUCUAAGCUUGUUAAAGUUGGUGCAUUACCAGAAUGCAUAAUAAGUGAUGAUGAAUACAUGGGAAUGGUAGAAUGGUUAAAGCAUCACAUCGAACCACUCAGCAAAGUAAAGCAAUACAUGAAGAAAACAUCAAUCAGUCGUGCUGCAUGGAUUAAGGAAAACCCUCAACUAUCAGUCUGUGAUAUACUGAAAGAACAUCCAAGGUUGUUCGACAUACCUGGUAUGAUUGAAAUAGACUUUGAAGAAAUAUUUGGUGAAGUUGCAGAUAAUCUUUUCCUAAAAUGGACACCAUCUUUUGCUGAAAAAGUUAUUGCCUAUGCUAACAGCCAAGCAAAUUGGCACAGUUACCUCCAUGUUGACAUGCAGAAAGUCAACACUGAUGAGGAAAAACAAAAUGUUGCAAUUGUGCUCUUACCAGCAAUAUUUCCUACUGGACGCAAAGGGAAAAAGAAAAGCACCAUUGAUGAUGCUAUCAAGGUUUUUGUUGAUGUUCAACCAAUUGGUACCAACAUGCCAAAAUAUCUUGAGGAAAACUCCACUGAUGAGCCACAGGUUCUGGUUCAUGGAAGUGUCACCAGUCCUCAACAAGUGUUGUUGUUAGCAAAGGCAGAGCAUUGGAGAGGUCAAAUUUGUUGA